AUGUCGACUGGAGUUCACGAUCAACCAAAUCCUACUCAACCUCUAGAUCAGAGUACAUCAGUCCGUCAGCGCUCGUUCUCCCGAAGCAACGGUCCCCUUUUCGCAUCCGUUGAGUCCCAUCGAGUAUCCGACAAACAAACCGCCACCAUGGGACAAACCCAAAGAACGCGCUACCUAAAGACUGGCGCCAUUAUCGCCUUUGUGUUUAUGGUCAUAUUGUGGUUGUCUCCGUCUCGUUCAACUGUUUCUGGCUACGCUCAGGAACAAGCCCCUUCGACCUCCGGUUCAUCCGCCAAGUGCACCAAGCCCUUCGACUCUUCCAAGCCUCUGAUUCAGUAUGCGCUCAUGAUUGAUGCCGGAAGCACUGGCUCCCGUAUUCACGUCUACCGAUUCAACAACUGUGGCUCUACUCCGGAAUUGGAAAACGAGGUCUUUGAGCAGACCGCGAAGAAGGAGGGCGGCUCUGGUCUCAGCUCUUACAAGGAAGACGCUGAGGGUGCUGCUCUCAGCCUGGACCCUCUCAUGGAGGUCGCCAUGCAGAACGUCCCCGCGGAGUACCGGUCGUGCACCCCGGUUGCCGUCAAGGCCACUGCCGGUCUGCGUCUGUUGGGCCCCGAGUUGAGCACUAACAUCUUGGAGGCUGUGCGCCACCGUCUGGAAACCGCCUUCCCCUUCCCCGUUGUUUCCAGGGAUAAGGGUGGUGUUCAGAUCAUGGACGGCAAGGAUGAGGGUGUCUACGCUUGGAUUACCACCAACUACCUCCUGGGCAAGAUCGGUGGCCCCGAUCAGACCCCCACCGCUGCCGUCUUUGACUUGGGUGGUGGUUCCACUCAGAUUGUCUUCCAGCCCACCUUUGAGCAGAGUAAGGCUGGUGGUAUGCCCGAGCACAUGGCCCCUGGUGACCACAAGUAUGAGCUCAACUUUGGUGGCCGCGAGUUUGAACUCUACCAGCACUCUCACCUUGGCUAUGGUCUGAUGUCGGCUCGUGAGGCUAUGCACAAGGUUGUUCUGGAGGCUAUGUUGGCCAACAACCCCAAGGACCUCUCUUGGCUGAAGCGCCCUAUCACCAACCCUUGUAUUGGCCCUGAUAUGGAGCGAACGGUUACCGUAGCGUUCCCUGAGCCACACCCUCUUAGCCCCUCAGUCACUGUGAACAUGGUGGGUCCUAAGGACUCCUCUGCUGCUCCUCAGUGCCGUGCUAUCGCCGAGAAGACCUUGAAGAAGGAUAACGAGUGCAAGUUGGCUCCUUGUUCAUUCAACGGUGUUCACCAGCCGUCUCUCGAGAAGACGUUCUCUCGCGAGGACGUUUACGUUUUCUCCUACUUCUAUGACCGCACUGCUCCUCUGGGCAUGCCUUCUUCAUUCACUCUGGGCGAGCUUCACGAUCUCACCUCUACUGUUUGUGGUGGUGAGGACAGCUGGGGUGUCUUUGAGAGCGUCGAGGGCGCCAUGGCCGAGCUCCGUGAUCGUCCGGAAUGGUGCCUGGAUCUCAACUUUAUGCUCAGCCUUCUCCACACCGGCUACGAAAUGCCCUUGACUCGCGAGGUCAAGAUUGCCAAGAAGAUCAAAGACAAUGAGCUGGGCUGGUGUCUUGGUGCUAGUUUGCCGCUUCUCAGCCAGGAGUCUGGCUGGACAUGCCGCAUCAAGGAGGUCGCAUAG